AUGGGCAGGGCCCUGCUGCCCUCACCCAGCAAUGGAGGACUGUGUAUACUGAGCCAGCAGAACUGGACUCUGGCCUGUGAUGACAGAGCACAGGGUGAGGGGCGAAUACUCCACACCAAGGUGCCAGAUUUGUUCUCUAUGGCGAAGGCCGAGCACAUUCCUGCCACCUUCCUCCACAUCCUGAAGCUGCCCCAAACCAUUGUGCUCUUGCUUGGGGGACCCCUUGCCGUAAUCCUAGUCUCUGGCUCCUGGGUUCUGGCCUUUGUGGCCAGCCUCGCCCUCCUUGCUGCCCUGAGGUUCCUUGCCAAAUACCCCUGGAAGUGGUUUGUAGCCAUGUCUUUGCACACAGACAUGUCUGACAUCACUAAAUCUUACCUCAGUGAGCGUGGCUCGGGCUUCUGGGUGGCUGAGUCUAAGGGGCAGGUGGUGGGCAUGGUGGGAGCACUGCCUGUUAAGCAGCCCACCCUGCAGAAGCAGCAGCUGGAGCUGCUUCACCUGUGUGUGGCCCCUGAGCACCGAGGUCAAGGGAUAGCAAAAGCCCUGGUCAGGACUGUCCUCACGUUUGCACGAGACCAGGGCUAUGGCGAAGUGGUCCUGACCACCAGCAUGCUGCAGCACUCUGCCCUGGCCCUUUACCAGUGCCUUGGCUUCCAGAAGACGAGCCAGUUUUUCUCACUCAAAAGAUGGAGGCUAAUUUCUCUCUCUCAAAUUCAAUUUACCUACUGCCUCCCCUCUGCUCAGGUCUCUCAGGCGCUGGAGCAGGGAGGGGGCCUGUGA